ACUAGGGUUAAGCCAACUAACACCGGGUUAACCGCUAACACGGGGUUAAACUAAUAAUUUGUGUUGCACCAUUAAAGUUUAGGGUUUAACUCUGGGUUAAAUUGUUAAAUAUUUAACCCGCCGACGACGCAGGGUUAAAUCGCUAACUCUGGGUUAGUACUAGUAAAAUGGCGCACAAUUUGGAAAUUUCUUUGACGUGUUGUCGGAGAGAACAAAUAAAUAUGAUCAACGACUUAUUAUUAUUUUCUGACGACGAUGAAGAAAUCAUAGAAUAUAUCAGCACGGAUUUUUACGACCGAAGAAUCGCAGAACGUACCGAUUACUUUAAUACACAUAGAGAUAAAGAGUUUCACAGAAGGUUUCGAUUAGAAAAACACAGUGUCGCAUUUUUAUUGAAUAAAAUCAAACACAGAUUGCAAUACGUAAAUCCCAAUAUCAGUGAAGCCUUGUCACCUAUGAAUCAAUUACUAUGCACACUACGAUAUUUUGCCACUGGAAGUCAACUUGUGACUUGCGGAGAUUUCAUUGGUGUGCACGAAUCGACCGCAUGUAGAACAAUUCAUAAAGUAACAGAUGCCAUAGCCCGGUUGUACCCAGAAUUCAUAGUUAUGCCUCGCACAGAAGAAGAGCUAAGACAAGCUGCAAUGAAAUUUUAUCAAAUUGCUCGGUUUCCACGUGCUAUUGGAGCUGUAGACUGCACUCAUGUACGAACGAAAUCUCCAGGAGGAGAAACUGCAGAGAUAUAUCGGAACAGGAAGGGUUACUUUUCAAUGAACACCCAAGCCAUCUGUUCUGCUGAUCUACUGUUUACCGAUGUUGUUGCACGCUGGCAUGGGUCUGCACACGAUUCUCACAUUUGGGAUAAUAGUAAUCAACGCAGACAUUUUCUUCAAGGAACAUAUGGAAAUUACUGUCUGCUUGGUGAUUCGGGAUAUGCACAAACGCCAUUUAUGAUGACACCUCUCGGAAAUGUGACAUCUCCUAGUCAAUCUCUAUAUAACGAGUCACAGAUCAGAACUAGGAAUGUUAUCGAGCGUACCUUUGGUAUUUGGAAGCGAAGAUUUCCUAUUGUUAGCAGAGGUAUUCAAGUCCAUUUAAGCAGAGUACCGGGAAUAAUCAUCGCUACAUGUGUGUUGCAUAAUAUUGCUCGUCUGCAAAAUGAUCUUGAACCACCUGUUGACCCAGAAUAUCCUCCAAUAUUGGACAAUACAUCAGAUGAGAUUGCAGUGGUGCCUAACAAUAGAUCGGGUGUAAAUACAGCAGGACAGAACGCUCGUCAGGUACUGAUUGAGCAACAUUUUGGGAGAUUAGCUUAAUCAAGUUAAAGUUAUUAAAUAACGGUCUAUCGUUGCAAUUAUAAU